CUGUCUGUGCACAUCGGGCUCUCUCCCCUCUCCCUCGCAGUGGGCUGAACCUACAGGCGGCAGGUGUGUGCACCGACUGUCCGCCGAAGCUUUUCUCACUUUGGCCACGUUUGGGACCAAAUUUGGAUCCUAAACCACUCACACCGUGAGUAGGCUGGCCACAGUACACCCUGGCUGGCUGUGAGGAUGUUGCAGUGAUAGACAGCACAGCAGAGAAGCUUAUCCACGGUAUCACACUCAGCCGGCAUCGUCAGCUGUUGCGCUAGCAGAGAGUAGAAGAGUCGGGAGCUACAGAAAAAGGCCAAACUAUGCGACUGACUUUCUGCCGGUAACCGUUUUCCACCUUUAGUCGACAGGGGAGCGGAUGCGAGCAGAGGUUGUCAACGAGCCUCUGACUAUUUUCUGCCCUUUGUCGGUGCCGGAGGAGCUGUGCCAAUGGAGAAAGCGACUCCGCCGCCCCUGCCUCAGCUCCAGCUGUCGAUAGCGAAGACUGAAAGUCCAGCGGAGGACAUCUCCGGAUUGACUGACGAGGAUCUGCUCAAGUGGACCAAGGAGGAUCUGGUGCGUCGGCUGAGGCGGUCUGAGGCCGAUAAGAUGAGCGUGAUUCUGGACCACGGCAAUCUCAUCCGAGAGGUCAAUCGCAGCCUCCAGCUGCACUUGAACGAGAUCAGGGGGCUGAAGGAUAUUAACCAGAAGCUGCAGGAAGACAACCGUGAGCUGCGGGACUUGUGCUGCUUCCUGGACGACGACCGCCAGAAAGGCAAGCGUGUAUCCAGGGAGUGGCAGCGUUUGGGACGUUACAGUGCCAGCAUCAUGCGCAAAGAGGUGACCCUCUACCUCCAGAAACUCAAGGAGCUGGAGCUUCGGCAGGAGGAGGUGAUCCGGGAGAACCUGGAGCUGAAGGAGCUCUGCCUGCUGCUGGACGAGGAGAAGGGGGUGGUAGGCGGAGGAGGUGGCGGCGGAGGAAGUGUAGGGGGAGGGACUGUAGGGAUGGGAGGGUGCCGCAACUCAAUAGACAGCCAGAGUAGUUUGCUGCUUGUGCCCGGGCAGGGGCUCCUGAUGAGAGACGUGGGGGACGGGAGCAGCACAUCCAGCGCAGGGAGCGCAGACAGCUCGGAUCACCCUCACCACAAGCAGCUUCAUCAGGCUCCAGGGGUGGGUGGGGUUGGAAGUGGUGGGGAAAAAGGGAGCCCUGAGCUUGUGCACAAACCCAGGUGUAGCAGCAUCAGUGGAAUAGGAGGCGGGAGUGGAGGAGACAGGGAGGUGUCCAGCCCUGAGCACCCUGCUGGGCGCCUCCGGAGUACAAGCCUGGAGUACCCAUACACCUUGCCCCAGCUCUGCCGGCCCCGCUGCGGCUCCAUAUCUGUGCCUGACCACAGUCGAGUUAUGAGGGGCCUCAGCCCAGAAAAAUACGGUAGGAACGUGGGCCGACGCAGUCCGGAGCAGCACCCCAAGCACCACAGCUCUGAUCUCCUCCUGGGCCAGAGGCAGCACUUCCUGGGUCAGGGAGGCAGCGGGGAGCUCUAUCAGAGGCACCACAGAAGCAGCAUUAGCAGCACAGGCUGCGGGAGCCCUGAGCCCCGGCAGGCACAUUUAGGGGCCACUGAGCAUCAUGAAAAGGGCUGCAUGGUCCAGGGGAACAGCCCCGAAACUCAUAGGCACCAAUUUAGUAUGAGCCCUGACCAUGUGAAGUUUGGCAGCCCUGUGAGGGAUGGGCAGAGAAGGCCGGCUGGCGACGAGCUGUCGCCACACCAUCGGAGCAUCUACAAUGGCAUGAACGCCUUGAUAUCAGCCGGCUGCUGCACCAACAACUGUAGAAAUGUCAAGCUAUGGGACAGCUUUGAUGCCUCGUCUUGACCCAAACUUGACCAGCUAGUCUCCUCAAACAGAGGAGAGGGGGUGGUGACAGUGGUACAGCCCUCUUGCAUCUCUGGCCUUGAUAAACACAAGGGCCCCUUGACGCCAUCCUCCACGACUCUGGAUGGUCUGACGUGUCGCGUCAACAGCCUGCCUCCAUGUUUUUUUUUCAACGUAUCGAGAGUUUGAGCAAAGAGGGGGCAGGGAGUUUUGGGUGGAAUGCUAUUAGUACGGUUGGUAAAAUUCACAAAGACUGCCGGAGCUAAAUGGAUUAGAGUGGAUAUCUCUCCCUUCCACCUGUGACACGGCCACCUCCCGGAGAGCACUCAAAGAAUGGGAGGGGCGCCGGGGAUCGGUGAGAGAAGAUGUAGAGGAAUCUGCACUGUUUGUGCCGCUGCCCUCUGUUUACAAAUGUACAUCAUUGGUGGAGAAGCACAUACAUUGAACUUCUUUCUGAACCUUUAUUUUACAGCACUUUUCCCUCUUUCUCCUAUUUCACUACCUGUUUUCCCAGUUUUUCCCGUCUCUUCUUCAUCUUCAGAUAUCCAUCAUCUCCCAAGUGUGUAAUGAGACUGGUGUAAUUUACGUUCUGUCUCUCAGUCUCCAAAUCCAGCUAAUCACAUGAUUACCAUUUUAUUCAACGUUAAAUUUUAACUGAAUUUAAAAACAAAACAAAAAGCAUAUUUGUCAAAGAUGUACUAGCAAAGACAAAAAAAACCUCUUCCUGUGUCUUAAACCAAGAUGGUCAUCAUUACUAGCUGCUGACAGAUGUUCUAGUUCUAUAAGAUGCAAUGUUCAGGUGUUAUUUUUCUUUUUUGUAUUAUCUUCUUUGCUCCCUUAAAGCACCUAUAUCAAAGCUGGGGAGAAGAUUAUAUGUUUCUCCAUAUUGUUGUUGUUUUUUUACAAGGAAGUAAAGUCCAAGUAAAAGUAGAUUAUUGGAUUAGUUUUCUAUAUAUCUCUAUAUAUAAAUAUAAUAUGAUUAUUAUUUUUGACUUACUGGUAUUAGAACUAUUAUAUGAAGAUGCACAUGAUAUAUAUAUCAAAUAAUAAACAGACUUCUUUAUGUAAA